AUGAAGGACGAGACUAGUAGAGAGAUCAUCCCCCUCUUCGACACGCUGAAAAUCAUCCUGAACCAGAGAGACCCGGAGGAACAGGAGUUCACGACGGAAUGUUUGAAAGAGUUGAGCAGUAAUGAGGAGGCGAGUCAGGAAAUCAUCAGCAACGAUGAGUUAACUGAGGUCCUUAACAUGUUGAAUAACUGUGGGAAUAGCGAGAUUUUGGACAACGUCAACUCAAUAUUUUGGAGGUCGGGGAGGACUAGCGGUAUCUUACCGACCAAACCAGACAAAGUCCUCUCUGACGAUUUCCCAAAAGAGUUUCACAUAGAAACCGGACAAAGGCUAGGUGCCGGAGCAUUUGGUAGUGUCCAUCUUGUGACAGAUACGCAACAUCCUGAGGAGAAAAAAUUUGUCGCAAAAAGACUUUACUUCAGGGAUGAGAAACACAUGGAAACCUGCAAAAAGGAAGCGAUGAUUCUACUCAAAACCAAGCACCCGAGGAUUGUGCAGUUCCAUGGGUUUCUGAAACAAGAAGAUGCAUUUUUUAUUUUCCUGGAAUAUUUAAAAAGUGGGACCUUAGCCUCAUUCGUCUCCGAUAGAGGACACCUAGACGAGAAGCUGACGCGACACUUUACCAUUCAAAUACUUGAAGGCGUCGACUACUUGCACCAAAACAACAUCCUACAUAGAGAUAUCAAGGGUUGUAACAUUCUGAUGGAGAAUGACUGGAACAUUAAAAUAACGGACUUUGGAAUAUCUGAGAUCAAUGAUUCGAGUGGCGUGCAGACAGAGGUUGGUACAGUGCUGUACAUGGCACCCGAGGUGAUCUUCACUGAAGGAAACACCAUUUUACAUUACACCAGCAGGGCUGAUAUAUGGAGUGUUGGCUGUACUGUGGUGGAGAUGUUGACGGGGAGACCACCCAACUCCUCCCUACUGCCUGUACAGAUAACCUUCAAAUCAAUGAAAGGAGAACCUCUACGCUACCAGCUUCCUGAUACAACAUCCUCUCUCGUCAAAUCGUUUUUAGACCGGAUUUUUCACAACAUCCUCUCUCGUCAAAUCCUAAACUUUUCACCGGUUGAAAGUGAAUGUAGCCUGUUUUUUAACGGAUCACAGGAGCUGAGAUAUGAGCUCGCAGACUACUUUGAUAAGAACUCCCCCACUAAAGUGCUGAGAUAUGAGCUCCUAAUAAGCGGCUACCCGGAGGAUUAUUUAGAGCCAAAGACCCGGAGGGUGUAUCGCACUCAGGAAUACGGAGCGUACUUUCUAUUUGUGACAAUUGAAGAGUUAACAGUAUACUUUCCCUGGUUUAAAAUCCGAAACGCAAAAAAAACGGUAAUUUUACGAGAUGAUCCCCAAUACUGUUUGAAGGAAAACAGCACAGAUGAGGUGGAAAUAAUCGCUAGAGACCUACUGAUGAAAGAUUUUGGUAUUGACAAAACUCGUAAAAACACGGACAUUGAACUAUCGCAAGAUGUGAAGAUUUGUAUGAAUUACAAGUUCAAUCAAACGACAGAUUUUAGAUGUUGCUUUUGGGAUUCGACAAAAGAAAUUAAAUGCUAUGACCUUGAAGAAAACACGUAUCUUUCAAACGCAUAUAGGUAUAUACCCUACGGCUUAGCGGGCGCGCUACUAUUGAUCCUGCUGCUAAUUCUAUCCAGGGGCUAUGUGUCUAUGACGUUUGUGAAGUGCAACGAUUUAGAGAAGAUGGAUCUUUUAAAUCAUGAGAUUAUAGAUCGAGUUAAAAUACAAGGCGACACCAAACAGGACACUAGACAACAGUACACAAUACCAGUUUCUAGGCUCAUCCGUAAAGGAGAGGAAAACUGGCCAAUUUUUGGUUAUCUGCCAAUUUGG